AUGCAGGCCCUUGGCCCUCCAGAUAAGGGCCUCCUCCAAGGCCUUGUGGCCUCUCGCAUCGAGACUUAUGGGGGCCGGCAUGGGGCCUCCACCCAGAGCACUGCUGGCAGUCUCUACCCCCGAGGAGGUGUUGUCCCGGAUCCCAGUCAUCGCCGUCUCCAAAACUACGGCCUGUUUACCAAGAGCUCUGGCCAGUCCCGGGGUAAGUCUCCCAUGAGGCUAUGGGAACCAGACCCUGAGAAGCGACAUGGUGUACCUUACACCCCCAAGUUCAAGGAGGUCACCAAGACCCGUGAGCUGGAGAGGCGGCUGAAGAUCUUCAGUAUGUUUGGGAUGCCCCGCCUGCCCCCUGAGGACCGGAGACACUGGGAGAUAGGGGAGGGCAGUGACAGCAACCUGGACACUGAAAAGUCCUGGAGGGAGCUGGUGCCUGGGCACAAGGAGAUGAGCCGGGAGUUUUGCCACCAACAGGAAGCGCUGUGGGAGUUACUAACCACAGAGGUGAUCUACGUGAGAAAGCUCAAGAUCAUGACAGAUCUCCUAGUCAACGGUUUACUGAACUUGCAGCGAGUGGGACUGCUAUUGGAAGUGUCAGUUGAGACCCUGUUUGGAAACGUCCCCAGCCUGAUUCGAGCCCACCAGAGCUUUUGGGAGGAGGUGCUGGGACCCACUCUGGAGGAGAUGCAAGCUUCAGGCCAGCCUCUGGACCCUGUCAGCCUGCAAAACGGCUUCCUGACGUUUGGCCAACGGUUUCAGCCCUAUGUCCAGUACUGCCUACAGGUGAAGCAGACCAUGGCUUAUGCCCGGGGGCAGCAAGACAACAACAUUCUCUUCCAGACCUUCGUGCAGUGGUGUGAGAAGCACAAUUGCUCAGGAAAGCAGAGGCUGGGUGACCUGCUCAUCAAGCCCCAUCAGCGUGUCACCAAAUAUCCACUGCUGCUCCAGGCUGUUCUCAAGAGGAGUCCUGAGGCCCGAGCCCAAGAGGCUCUGAAUGCCAUGAUUCUAGAAGUGGAGUCGUUCUUGAGAUACAUCAACAGGCAGGUCCGCCAAGGUGAGGAUCACGAGAGCUUGGUGGCUGCUACCCAACGUAUUGGGGCCUAUGAAGUGCUGGAACCAUCCAGUGAGGAGGUGGAGAAGAACCUGCGUCCCUUCUCCACCCUGGACCUGACUUCUCCCAUGGUAGGGGUUGCCGCUGAGCAUACCAGGCAGCUACUAUUGGAGGGAUACGUUCGAGUGAAGGAGGGACGAGAAGGCAAGCUGGACGCUCAUCUGUUCCUCUUCUCUGACGUGCUCCUGGUGACCAAGCCCCAACGCAAGGCAGACAAAGUCAAAGUCAUCCGCCCCCCACUCAUGCUGGACAAGCUUGUGUGCCAACCACUCCGAGACCCCAACAGCUUCCUGGUGAUCAACCUCACUGAAUUCCAGUGUGUCUCUAGUGCCUUCAUUGUACACUGUCCCAAUUCCACAGAGUGUACCCAGUGGCUGGAAAAGACUCAGCGUGCCCAGGUCGCUCUGCAGAAAUUGAAGACAGAAGAGUACAUUCAGCAGAAGAGAGAACUUCUGGCCCUCUAUCGGGACCAGGAGUCCUCAGGCACCAGGUCCUCCAGUCCUUCCCUAGAGGGCUCUCAGAGCAACGCAGAGGGGAGGACUCCUGAGUUCUCAACCAUUAUCCCACAACUGGUGGUGACGGAAGACACAGAUGAUGACACUCCCUCAGCACCAGACUCUGGCUACGGCACUUUGAUUCCAAGCUCCCCUAAGGAAACCCACUCUCCUCUCAGCCGUCUACGCAUGCGGGCCCUUCGGCGGGACCCUCGCCUCACCUUCUCCAACCUAGACCUCCGAAAUGUUCCUUUGCGUCCCCAGCCCCCUGACUCCCAAGCUCCCCAACGCCGAAGCGCCCCUGAACUGCCAGAAGAUAGCAUCCGAAGAGGAAGUAGUCUUCCCAGGGGAGACCCUCCCACCUGGUCUGAGGAAGAAGAUGGAACUUCAGGGGGAGGGAAUGUGGUGGUGGAAACCCUUCACAGGACCCGAUUUCUGGGCCAACUCCCCUCAUCCCCAACGCAAGUGGACUCUGCUGGGGAAAGCCCCUGGGAUUCCUCAGGAGAUGAAGAGGAAGGGUCCCUCUUCCUGGAACCCAGCCAGGCCCCCUCUUCACAUCCUCUCCGGGCUGAAGACAUACUCAGAGAGAUCCGGGAGGAUCUGGCCAGCCAGAGGAUUGAGGGCUCCCCAGAGCCGAGAGACAGAAAGCCUCAGAAAUUGACGAAGAUGCAACUGCAGAGGAUGCGAGGGCCCCACUUCAUACAGCUGGACACCCCCCUAUCCACAUCGUAA